AUGCAUUGCCGCCGCCCUUUUCGGCCUUUGCCAAAUUACAAAGCAAAGGCCGGCUUUAAAGCCGUAGCUUUGGGAAAGGUAAAGGCUAAGGCCCGAUUCGAACUUAUAACCCUGCUUCGCAACAAUUUCGCCGAUAUUCCGGUUACAAAGGAUUCCGGAUUUUAUAACCGUUUGGUGCAAUAUACGCAAGCAAAGUUACAAAGAUCGGCUAAAUCGGUAUUAUUAUGCAUUGUUAUUGCAAAUUAG